UCUCUUGUGGUCCAAAUCCGUCAUCCCCUGAUGACCAUGAACGCACGGCUCCAUGUAAACGACAGGGAAGCAAGUGCAAGAAACGUGAACCCCGGACCUGCCUUCCUGCUCAUCCAGCUUAUAAGUACGUACGAGGGAGGGAAGACGUCACAGGAACUGAUCGGAAGACUGUCCUUGAUGAGUUCCACAAACACGCCCAUGUCGAUCGGGCUGCUCCACGCGGUGAUGUCCCUGGUUUCCACCUGCUCCGCACGCAUGGCGCGCGCAGCCAGGAAGCUGUCCAGGCGCCGGUGCAACGUCAUCCCUUCCGCCCGCGGGAAGAAGAUGGCCGUCGAGGAGGACGCCAACGGCGAGCUGGAGGACGGCGGGGACGGGGUGUGGCGGAGGUCGAUACUGAUGGGGGAGAAGUGCCAGCCGCUGGACUUCUCCGGGGUCAUUUACUAUGACGCGGACGGGCGGCGGCUCUCUGAGGUGCCGACGCAGCGCUCGCCGCUAAGGAGCCCCUUGCCUUCCUUGCCGCUGAAGGCUCCGAUGACCGCCAAUUAGUCACAGUUUCUACAUGAACGCCGUCAGUGUCUCCUUUCUCUCUCUCUGUUCUCAUCCGAAUCCUCUCCAUGUUCUCUCCUCCGAUCGUCUUUUGACCUGCUCAAAUAGACGAAGCUUCAGCCCUCGGUUUGAGUCUACAUGGAAAAUUACCUGUUUGAAUUGCUA